AUGUCGGAUCUAGGUGACGAAUCCGUGGCUAUCGUGUGUGACAAUGGAACUGGAAUGGUCAAGGCGGGAUUCGCUGGAGACGAUGCACCAAGAGCUGUGUUUCCAAGCGUUGUGGGUCGUCCACGACACAGGGGAGUGAUGGUAGGAAUGGAUGAGAAGGAUACCUUUGUGGGAGACGAAGCUCAAGCCAGGAGAGGUAUUCUUUCACUUAAAUACCCAAUCGAACACGGUGUUGUUAGCAAUUGGGAUGACAUGGAGAAGAUUUGGCACCAUACUUUUUACAAUGAGCUGCGUUUGGAACCUGAAGAACACCCUAUUCUUCUCACUGAAGCUCCUCUUAACCCAAAGGUCAAUCGUGAAAAGAUGACUCAGAUCAUGUUUGAGUCAUUUGCUUUUCCUAGUAUGUAUAUUGGUAUUCAGGCCGUUCUCUCUCUCUAUUCCAGUGGUCGUACCACAGGUAUUGUGUUGGAUUCAGGAGAUGGUGUGAGCCACACAGUUCCAAUCUACGAAGGUUAUGCACUCCCGCAUGCGAUCUUGCGUCUAGAUCUAGCAGGCCGUGACCUAACCGAGUAUCUGACGAAAAUCAUGAUGGAACGUGGCUACACAUACACCACAUCCGCCGAGCGUGAGAUAGUCCGAGACAUCAAAGAGAAGCUUUGUUACAUAGCUGUUGACUACGAGCAAGAAAUGGAGAAGGCUACAACGAGCUCGGCAAUCGAUAGAACCUACGAGCUUCCGGAUGGUCAAGUGAUCACGAUAGGAGCUGAGAGAUUCAGGUGCCCUGAGGUUCUUUUCCAGACGUCUUUGAUUGGCAUGGAAACUUCUGGUAUUCAUGAGACGACUUACAAUUCGAUCAUGAAGUGUGAUGUGGAUAUAAGGAAGGAUUUGUAUGGAAACAUUGUGUUGAGUGGUGGCACGACGAUGUUCCCGGGGAUUGCAGAUAGGAUGAACAAAGAGAUCAAUGCGCUUGCACCGCCUAGUAUGAAGAUAAAAGUUGUGGCUCCUCCCGAAAGGAAAUAUAGUGUUUGGGUUGGAGGCUCCAUUCUGGCUUCUCUAAGCAGCUUUGCACCGAUGUGGAUUACUAAAGCUGAGUAUGACGAACAGGGAGGGGCGAUUGUUCACAGGAAAUGCUUUUAA